UGCCUCUCUACCACAUUCCGUGUCCUAAUUAUUGAUUCAUUAUAUAAAUUUUCUGCCUCCACAUUAAUAUCUUGAAGUUUUGUCAUCAGAUAUGGACAUAAAAGAUCAAACUUCGUGAAAUAAUUUUCUCUUUUCCUAUACACUUUCGUUUUACGAAUAGUAGAUAUGUCCUCAUCAGAUGAAGAGCUGCUGCUGCUACUUUGCCAUAGAUUCAUCAUAUUGUUCAAAGUAAUGUCGGUUUGUAUAAAAAUAUCGCUUCAAUCUGCAGUUCAACAAAUAGCAUCCAAACGACACAACAAAGAAAGAAAGGUUAUGUUAAACAUUUAAUUCCCCAAUUAACCGCUUAACAUGCCGAAAUCGAGCAGUUAACUUAACGGCCAAUUAGAA